CAUUCAGAUUAUAAUGGCGGUCAAGGUGGCAACUUAUUAAUUUCUUACGAUCGCAACGAAUUGUCGCCUUACAUGUCUUGUAAACUGAUCGAAUCCAUGAUCCAAGGUAAAGCCGAAAUAAAAUAAAGAUGCAGAAUGAUGACACUCAAACUAAUAAUGAAACCGCUAAAGAAGUAGACACUGUUGAAAUCGAUCAAGAAAAGCAGACAGCGGCCAUGACAGGCCCGUCGGUGACUGAAAAUCCACAAGUUUCAUCGUCUCAGUCGUUUGGGCUCGAUGUUUCCUGCAGUGAUGAUGAUGAGGUGUCAGAGGUGGACUCGUUUAUCCUGGAGAAUGAGGACACAGACCCAGUGUUAGAACCCAACUUCCUGCUUCCCCAGACAAUGGAGAGUGCCAACCUUCACACCGUGACUGUUGACCCUGAGACACAUGCCCGCCUAGAAGCAUUGCUAGAGGCUGCUGGUAUUGGGAAGCUGUCCACAGCGGAUGGUAAAGCCCUAACUGACCCUGAGGUUCUGCGGAAGCUGACAUCAUCUGUGAGCUGUGCCCUGGACGAGGCUGCACAGGCCCUCCAUCGCAUGCGGGCAGAGCAGCAGAGCCAGUUAGGGAACACCGAGAGCCAGCGGUCACUGGCGGAAGCAUGUAGCGAUGGUGAUGUGCCAACGGUGCGUAAACUGUUACGGGAGGGAGGUAGCGUACAUGAGACAACAGAAGAAGGGGACAGUCUUCUGUCCCUGGCAUGCUCAGCUGGAUACUACGAACUGGCACAGGUGUUGUUAGCAAUGAAGGCAAAUGUUGAGGAUCGAGGCAUCAAAGGGGAUUGCACACCUCUUAUGGAGGCAGCCAGUGGAGGUUACGUGGAGAUUGUCAAAUUGCUUAUAGCCCAUCUUGCAGACGUCAAUGCUCAGUCUUCAGCAGGCAACACACCCCUGCACUAUGCUGCGUGUGGAGGCUACGAGGAUGUGGUACAGGUGAUGAUUGAAGCUGGAGCCAAUGUGGAACAGCACAACGAGAAUGGACACACCCCUUUGAUGGAGGCGGCCAGUGCUGGACAUGUCGGGGUGGCAGCCAUACUCCUCAACAAUGGGGCAGGCAUUAACACUCACUCCAAUGAGUUCAAAGAGAGUGCUCUUACCCUUGCUUGCUACAAAGGUCACCUUGAAAUGGUGAAGUUUCUGCUGGAGGCUGGUGCAGACCAGGAACACAAGACUGAUGAGAUGCACACCGCCCUUAUGGAGGCCUCCAUGGACGGACAUGUUGAGGUGGCAAGGCUCCUCCUCGACAGUGGGGCUCAGGUAAACAUGCCUGCAGACAGUUUUGAGUCUCCCCUGACGUUAGCAGCGUGUGGUGGCCAUGUUGAACUGGCUAACCUGCUCAUAGAGAGAGGAGCUAACCUUGAGGAGGUGAAUGACGAGGGUUACACUCCCCUGAUGGAGGCUGCACGUGAAGGACACGAGGAAAUGGUCGCUCUCCUCCUAGCUCAUGAUGCAGACAUCAACGCCCAGACAGAGGAGACCCAAGAGACGGCCCUGACUCUGGCCUGCUGCGGAGGAUUCCUGGAUGUGGCCGACUUCCUCAUCUCUGCUGGAGCUGACAUCGAGCUUGGAUGUUCCACUCCACUCAUGGAGGCGGCUCAGGAGGGACACCUGGAGCUUGUCAAAUACCUUCUUAAAUACACUCUUGUUUCAGAUGCCAAAGUGAAUGCUAUCACCGGUACAGGGGACACUGCCCUUACAUAUGCUUGUGAGAAUGGACAUACAGACGUAGCUGAUGUCCUCCUUGAGCAUGGAGCUGAAUUGGAACAUGAGUCUGAAGGGGGUCGCACACCGCUGAUGAAGGCUGCCAGGGCAGGCCACCUGUGUACGGUACAGUUCCUGAUAGGGCGGGGUGCUGACGUAAACCGUCAGACAACAACCAAUGACCACACCGUGCUGUCACUUGCCUGUGCUGGUGGUCACCUUGCUGUUGUUGAACUUCUGCUGGCAUGUGGGGCUGAUCCCACCCAUAAACUAAAGGAUGGUUCCACAAUGGUGAUAGAGGCUGCUAAAGGAGGGCACACAAAUGUUGUCAAGUUAUUGCUGGAGUAUCCAAACCGUGUGAUCAUGAAUCAUGGUCAGGAGCUGCCUCCCAUCUCUGCGGCGGACUCGCAUCAUGUUGAGUCUCGUGUCCCUAUCCAUGGUCUGGCGAACAUUGUCCCUCCCAGUGAGCCGGAUUCCCAUCAGGCGCGUCCUAACAACCUGACCACUGCCACAUGUGAGCAUAUGGAUGGGGCCUCACCUGUUAAGAGGAAAGCCCAGGAAAAAGAUGUCAAUAUCAGCCCCAAAACUGGAGACCAGAUCUGGCAAAAUGUCCAAAAAUCUUUGAAAAAAUCUGCAACUGGAAACCAGCAUAACAUUGAUCCUGCAACCAAAAAUACAAAGUCAUCCAAUUUAACAACUUCAGGAGAAUUAGCAGCCCAGAUAAGUGAAAAUGGAGUAAUAUCUGAUCUUUUACCUGAGGAUACCAUUGAUCUUAAAGCAGGGGAGCGACUGGAGGCUAUCAUCAGUAACGUUAUGGCUAAAGAACUGAUCAACACAACAUCUACCCGUGAAGAGCAGAUACUCCGGAAGCAGCAGAUCCUGGAGGAACUGCAGAAGGUUGAGAAGGAGCUGCAAGAGAAAGCCCAGCAGCAGUGGCUCAUCACGGUGCAACAGCAGCAUCAGCAACAACAACAGCUGCAGCAGGUUCUGCAGCCUUAUAGGCAACCACUACAUCAGGUGCUUCAAAAAGAACUGGAGUCUCAAAAGAAGAAACUGCCCGUAUCUAGUCAGCAGACUGUAACCUCACUGUCCACCCCUACUAGUACAACAUCCAUCCCCCUCCCCCCUCCUCCGAUACCCCUAUCACUCCCCGAGCCUGCAAACAACCUCGACAAACAACCUCCAAGAUCUGUUGCCAUGGAAACCUCAAAGCCAAACAUAAAGCCCAACAUCUCAGAACGACCCAUAGCAGUUCCCCUGAAGGCGGGUGGUGAUCAAGUCAAAGCAAGUUCCAAUAAUGAAGCAGGGACUGUAGACAAACAAAAGCAAUCCAGUAAAACUGUGAAGCAAGUGGAGAAAAAUGGUUCCAAUCAUAUUACUACACAGGAAAGCCCUACUGUUACCACAUCUACAAGCAGUGAAACUAAAGAGAAUAAAACUGGAAAUGAAAAAGGUAAUAAUGUUGUGAAGUCUGCCUCAGGUGAAAAAUCAUCUGCAGUUGGAAAUAAUAUUAGCAAGGAGUCCUCGGAAAAGCCUUUACCUGGAGUUGUGAAUGUACCAGGGAAAGGUGGCGAGUUGGAAAAGUUGAUCCCGGGCAAUGGAAAUACCUCUGGUAAAACAUCUACCAGCCUGCCCUUGGCGAAUGGUCCUGUCCAUUCUCAAAAUGGCGGCACCCAGUUGAGCCAGGCGGCUGCCAUCCAGCCACCCCGGCCUCCUCUGCCAGGCCCUAACCAGCUGAUGUCUCCAUUCCCGAGCCUGCCAGCCAGCCUGACACUUCCCCAGCCCUUGGCCAUACCACCCCUGGUCCAGACACCGGCCCCGGCCAAACCACCGCAACUCACACUGAGUCAGCAACAACAGCUGGAGCAGCAGUUGCAACAACUGCAAUUACAACAGCAGCAAGCGGUUGCCACGUCCAUCCAGCAGCAGCCGGCCACAGUGCUGAACCAGCCGUUUGUACUGAAUGAGAACCAGCGGCAGACACUGCAGAACCUUAUCCUGAGACAACAACAGGAGGCUCAGCAGUUAGCGCAGCAGACCACGCUGCAGUUCCCGCAACUCCAGUUUACACCCCAACAGCAGGAACACCUCUUCCAGGUGAUUUCCCAGCAGCAGUUCACUCCACAACAGCUGCAGCAGGUUGGUGCUGGUGGGAUGGUGCAACAGCAGAUGGUACAGCAGCAACAACAGCAGCAGCUGAUAGUUACCACCCAACAGCAGGUACAGGUCACAGUGCAGCAACACCAGACUCUGCUGCAGCAGGCCCAAGCUCUCAGCCCACAGUUUCAACAGAUGUUUACACAACAGCACCAGCAGUUGCUACAGCAACAACAACAGCAGCAGCAGACUCACUUCCUGCAACAACAGCUGCAGAACAUCAAGCCCCCAGUGGUGACCUCGAGCACAGCCUCCAAGCCCAUUGCCCAGCGGAAGACCAAGUCCCUCCUGCCCAUGUCACAGAUCAACCCAGAGUCAAAGAUUCUUGACAUAGAGACUGUCACACCGCCCCCUUCUACACCUUUGACGCCCAAUCCAUCCCCUGCAUCACCGGAUAGUAUCUCACCACUGUAUACACCCAUUGAUCUGGAUGCACAGACGGAGAGUAAUCAUGAUACUGCUCUUACGUUAGCCUGUGCUGGUGGACAUUCAGAGCUAGUCACCUUGCUUCUGAACAAGGGAGCGGACAUUGAACAUCGGGAUAAGAAAGGUUUCACCCCCCUGAUCCUGGCUGCCACUGCGGGUCACACGGAUGUUGUUGAGAUACUUCUGGAGAAUGGAGCAGAUAUAGAGGCUCAGUCUGAGAGGACCAAGGACACGCCCCUCUCCCUCGCAUGCUCCGGGGGUAGAUACGAGGUUGUUGAGUUGUUGCUUUGUCGAGGAGCCAACAAGGAACACCGUAAUGUCUCUGACUACACUCCCCUCAGUCUAGCUGCCUCAGGAGGAUUUGUCAACAUCAUCAAGCUUCUGCUUUCACAUGGGGCCGAAAUCAAUUCCAGGACUGGAAGCAAGCUUGGUAUAUCUCCUCUGAUGUUGGCGGCCAUGAACGGUCACACUGCAGCAGUGAAACUCCUCCUGGACAUGGGCAGUGACAUCAAUGCCCAGAUUGAGACAAACAGGAACACAGCACUCACCCUCGCCUGCUUUCAGGGCAGGCAUGAGGUGGUCAGUCUCCUGGUUGAUAGGCGAGCUAACAUUGAACACAGGGCAAAGACUGGUUUGACACCGUUGAUGGAAGCAGCGUCUGGUGGUUAUGUGGAGGUAGGGCGUGUGCUUCUGGACAAGGGAGGGGAUGUGAAUGCCCCGCCCGUGCCGUCAUCAAGAGAUACUGCCCUUACCAUUGCUGCAGAUAAGGGGCAUUAUCGGUUUGUUGAACUCCUUCUGUCCAGGCAUUCAGCUGUUGAUGUUAAGAACAAGAAAGGGAAUUCACCUCUCUGGCUAGCUUGUAACGGUGGACACUUGGACGUGGUCCAGCUACUUGUCACAGCAGGGGCAGACAUUGACAGCCAGGACAACCGCAAGGUCUCCUGUCUCAUGGCAGCCUUCCGCAAGGGGCACAUCAAGGUGGUGAAGUGGAUGGUGAAACAUGUCAGCCAGUUUCCGUCCGACACUGAGCUCUCAAGAUACAUUGCUACUGUUGCAGAUAAGGAGCUGCAGAAGAAAUGUCAGCAGUGUUUUGAGAUCAUCGUGCAUGCAAAGGAGCGCCAGGCGGCGGAGGCUUUCAAGAAUGCGAAGAAUCUUCUCGAGGAGCUUGACAAGGAGAGACAAGAGGAAGAGAGUCGCAAAGCAGCAGCUGCCAAGAAACGUGAGAAGAAGAAAAACAAGAAGAAGAACAAGAAGCAGGAAGGUUCGAAGGACGGUGAACAAGACAGCCUCAGUAAGAACUCGAGCCCGGAGCCCGAGUCAGAAGAUAGUGUGCCGCAGGAGAGUGAAGUCAAGAUAGAGAAGGAAGAGAAAGAGGUGGUGCUGGAACCACCCACUGCUACCACAACCUCCACACUUGGUCUAACACUACCGACCUCCACUGAGCCCAUUUACUCCAAAUCGAAAGGGCGACCUAAGAAGUCUGAGAAGCGCGGAAGCAAGAAUGAGUCUGAGAUGAAUAAUGUGGAGGAGGAUAGAGUCACCCAGGAUGAGAAUCAGGACCCGAGGGUCAAUAAUCCUGAAAAUGCCCUGUCCAUCAGUAACAAUAAGACAGAGAGUUCACGUACAGAGAACAAGAAGAAUAAGAAAAAUCGCCGCGAAAGGGACAAGGAGAUCACGACCAGUGUGGGGAAGAAGGUGACAGAGGGCCAGGCUGGAAGGGCGGCAAUUGGUAGGCGAAGGAAGGGAGAGAAAGAUAGCUCUGUCACCGCCAUUGGUGAUUUGGAUGACUUUGGCAACCUCCCAUCAAUUUCUGACCGAGACAUGGAAAAAAUAAGGAAGACUGAGAAACCUAAAGGUCCCCAACCAGAGAAGACCCCGUAUGAGAAGGCCCAGAGUGAGUCAAGUGGGAACCAGUCCCUGUUGUCUGUGAAGGCGAGCCAGGCCCUUGUCAACAGCCCAAAACGUGGACAAAGGAAGGAGGAUGGAUGGAAGGAAGUCAUCAGAAAGUCGAAAAAGGUCCAGGUUCCUGCCUCAGCUAUAAGUCGGGUGAUUGGGCGCGGGGGAAGUAACAUCAAUGCGAUUCGAGAAGUUUCUGGCGCGAAUAUUGAUGUUGAGAAAAACAAGGGAUCUGGAGAAAGGACAAUCACCAUCAAGGGUUCAGCAGAAGCCACACGGCAGGCCCAUGCCCUCAUCACGGCCCUCAUCACAGACCCAGACAAGGAGUUGGCUGAGAUCAUCCCAAAAUCCAAGCAAAAGCCCACUCCUAGCCAGGUGGAGAACAAGAGUUUGUACUUCAUCCCACCCAAUGACAAUCCCCAGCCAACGCCUAGCUCACAGGGACAUACAUCUGGAGGAGGUGGGAGCCAGAAGCCCAGCAAGACACUGGCCCCCAGGCUGCAACAACAGGCAGCACUGAACAGCAAUCAGUCCAAGGGGCAGAGCUCGACAUCCAGUGUACCCAGUCCAAGCAUGGCUUGGGGCGGGACCUCACCUGCCCCAGGGUCUGUCUCCCCUAGGAGAAGCACCGGAAAGAACCAGGCAGUGGCACCAUAUUCAGUCCCAAGUGGCUCCAUGAAUGGUCCACUUCCAAUUGAUAAGUCUGGUGUCACCAGACAACUGUUUUCAGGAGAUGGAAAAAGAAUGGGCUUUGGUACCCCAGGUGUAGGAAACACAAAGGUAACAAUGUCGACCAUGCCUGGACCAUCACCUUCCAGCCCGCCCACCUUCAAUAUGCGCCAGGAGGGCCGCCAACAACAGGCACAACAGGGUAGAGGGGGAGCUGCUGCAAGGCUUGUACCGGGCACUGUCAAGGUCUUACAGAGACCAUCAUCAUCUGGUCAGAAUAAACACGAUCUACAGCCACUACCAAUUGUUCCAAACCAGUCUACAACUACUAUUACAACACACACUGUGACGUCCGCCAACUCCAAUCUAAAUAUGUCCUCUUCAGGAGAAUUUUCACCAUUCAACAAUCUCUUCAGCAAUGCAACAGAGCACUUUCUUGGAAAAAAAGAUGAUAUAAAUGAGAGGAUGAACUUUGCCAGUGUAGCUGCUGCGGGUGUUGUGUCCUCGAUGUCUUCAAAUCCGAUGCUUGAUCCAACAUCACCAGACGCAGCACUUCAGGCAAAGGCCCCAGGUUUCAAGCCACCAGCUGGUGCUGGACCAAGAAUGCCCACACCAAUGCAAGACAUGAACCCAGCAUUCCGGGCGAUGUUCCCUAUGCCUAAUCAGUUCAUGGACAUGGGAAUGCAAGCUUUACACGGUUACAAUCAAGGAUUCCCGGGGGUUGGUCCCUCUCAGCCAGCUUACAGCAACCAGAGUCCCAAUAUGUCUCCAAGGUCCAGCCAGUCCAGCACUGCAGGUCUAUCACCACGAUCAAACAGUUCCGGCUUUGAUCCUACGUUGUUACAGAAGGAAGAGUACACAACUCCGAACCAACCAAUGACACUGCCAAAAAUCUCAAGUUCUUUAAAUCCAAAUGCCCCAGAUUUCACCUCUAGGUCACUGCAUGGUGGGAGCAGUCCAUUCCCAGGCCAAGGUGCCCCGCCACCAUUUUCCAGCUCACCAGGGUUCCAAAUGCCCCCCAUGUACAACCAGGAGCUAGCCAAGCAGUUGAUGUCUGUAAUUGGCAGUAUUGGUCCUGGGGGUGGGCCAGGAGGUCCCCAGAUGGGUAACCUCCCCCCUUCCAGUGGAAGUCCUAUCCCAGGGGCUGGAGACACCAUGGGUGGAAUGCCAACCAACCAGCAGGAGCUUUUCCAGAACAUGGCAAACCUGAUGCACCAGCUGUCAGCUGUACAGAGUCAAGUUCCCAGCAGUCCCGGCCUCGGUCCAAACUUCACAUCACCCAUGGUGCCGAGACCAUUUUCUCCCCUUCCAGGACAGGGCCGGCCAAGCAGUGCUCCAUCAGUUGGUGGCAUGCUUCCAAGAGAAGGUCCUAGCCCAACCCCUAUUGGUCCCCCGCGAGCGCCGUCUCCUGUUACAGCCCCCACCCCGCCCAUGUCAGAGAUGAUCCGGCCGGGUAUGGAGGACAGGCGCCAGCCCAGACCCAUUGGUGGAGAACGGACAGUCAGGAAGCCAAUAGGCCCAGUGUCUGGAAUCCCUGGAACUGACUAUGGGGAUGCCUUCUGGAACUUUCAGCCUCAGUUGAACAUGGACUGGAAUCCAAAGAUUGGUUCGCCAGUGGUGAGCAGUGCAUCCCUACAGACGUCCGUGAUCUCGACGUCUGUAAUAGCUGGCAGUACAAUGGCUACAUCGGGGGGAGAGGGGCGGAGCAUGGGUCUCGACUCUCAGAGUCCAGGGCCUUCAGAUGACCUGAAUGACCAAGGCUUCCCACAGUAUGUCCAGAGUUCUGGCCUCCCUCCGAUGACUUUAUUCAAUGGGGUGGGGCCCUACCAGUCUACAGGGUUUGGUAACGGGGCUGGGGAUAAUCUGCAGAGCAUGUGGAGCACACAGGAAACCUCCAACCCGGAUGACCGCCAGAAAACACCUAUGUGGAACUGGAAUGACACGUAGCUGGACAUGUGGCAGCUGGUCAUGUGACAGCCCUGGAGUGAGGCGCUGGCAGUGCUCGUGUACGUGUGUGUUGUAUUUCUUGAUUGUACCCAGAUGUGGACAACUUCAUACAAACAGUCGUCACUUCGACAUCGCGGUCUACUGUCAUCUGAUCUUCACUUUCCUAUCUCUACCAUUUUAAACUUCUCAACAUGUUGAUUGGACUUUCAAAGUAAUGGUACUUAUAGAUGUUAGACACUUCAUUGUUUCUUUUGACUAUUAUUUUGGAGAAGUGUUAUGUACAGAAUGUUGUGUGAUGGAGACUAUGUAGAUCACUCAUAAUGGUGGAGUAGAUUAUCUGUAGGUAUCUUUACCAGACAAAAUAUUGAUUUACUGGAAUUGUUAUGUCUGAAUAGAUUAUAAAAAGAGGUACAAUUUUAUGUUCUAUUAAUGAGGAGGUGGUUUAUUCCCUGAAGGUAUUGUGAAUGGUUAAUAUAUGUAAGUUAUGAUAUGUUAUUCUACCCUACUUGAUAGAUAUAAAGAAACACAUGAGCUAUUGCUUGAUAAAAUAUAAACUAUUAAACUGGUUUUAAACAGUCAUUUGAAGUGGCAUUGAAAUCUUAAGUGUGUGAUAUUUUUUUUAAUUGAUUUUUUUCACACAGCUACAUUUUAUGAUAUGGUAUUGUUAUACGCCAUUCUUGUGCUACUAUUUAUAACAUAAACAUUGUUUCUUUAUUAUGUUUUUUCUGUGAUGAACAGAGAACUUUCGUUAGUGGUUUCCCAGGUUUUGUCAAAAUUGUCCAUAUGAAUGAAGAAUGCCUAGAUCAUUCUGUUGGUUUAAACUCGGACUUUGUACAAUGUGUAAUAUUCUGAUACAUGAAUAAAAUAAUUGCAUUGAAAUAUG